AUGUUGAGUUUACUAAUGUAUUGGCUCGGGACUACAAAAGAACCCACCAUUAGCGUAGCAGAUAUAAUACCACUUGCACCGGAUUACAGAAACGCCAGUUUCAUCGAGAUCCACACCACGGAUCAGCAAAGUUCCGUUAAGCAGAAUGAAUCUGAGUGUUUCGUUGGAUAUGGUACCGUGACUCGUGUGCUUAAAACCCACGUUAUUAUCGAGAACCGUUACAUGUGCGAAACAGAAUGCAUCGGACCAGCACGCCUUGAAAGAGGUGACAAAGUAAGAUACGUAGCUUAUAAGACCAAGAUAGGUGAAAAGCUGAGGAUACGCAAAAUUAUUGACAAGAUCAAGCCCUCCAGACAGCAGCAAUGCAUUCCAGUUGAUAAAACAUACCCUAUUUUAAAAAAAAGUGACAAUCUGCUGAUUACAGAAUUGAAUAACUGUAAAGUAAACCCAACUGAAAAGCACAUAAGGCAAAUACGCGAGGGGGUAGAAAUUGGUAAAGUGGAUAAAAGAAUCGGCAGGGAUGUUUAUCUUCAUGAUGGUACCAUCAUCAAUUUAGACAGAAGUACUUCAAAUUUUGUUCCUGCCAUUGGAGACUGGUUGAAAAUAAAAUGCUUAGUGGAAGUCAACGAAGGCAUUCCUAAUUUAAAAAAUAAGAUAUUAAAAGUUGAGUCAAUCCAGCCCGUCAAAUUUAUUACCAAGCUAGGGAAAGUCGCGGAAUAUAAUGAAGUUACAGAGUAUGGAAUAGUAGAUGAAUCAAUUUUUUUUUAUAAAUGUGCUUGUGUAGAUGGUUUUCGGCCAUACAGGGGAGACAGAGUUAUUGUACAAAGUAUACAAAAUGAUCAAAUACCAAAGAUGAAAUGGAGGGCCCUUUCUGUAAGUCCACUAAAAGAUGUAUCAAGUAAAUAUGGUCUUGCAACUGUAAAACAAGAAACUCUGUUACCUCUCGGACAAAAUAACGAUUUAUUGGAAGAUAAGCGGAAUAUAGAAAUAACAAAAGAUAUUAAAAUAAAUUUAAAUGUUGAUGAAGAACAAGUUAUAGAAAUUAAGGUAAAGAACAACGGCAAUUUUAUUCAGAAGAUUCGGAAACGUCCCUUUUCAGUAAAAAAAGUAUCACAAAUAAGUCUCAUAGCACCAGAGACUGAGGAUCCUAUUUUGUUAAAUCCAGAAGAAGAAAUAACAUAUACAUUCAAGUGCACAGCUAGAUUUGUUGGGCUAUCUCAAGAAGUAGUGAUAUUUACGUUUAAGGACUUUAAAAUUGGGCGAAUUUUUGAAAUAAAAAUUAAUAACAAUAAUUUUUCUGACCCAACUCAAGAAAAAAAAAAAUAUGACUCCUGCAUAAAUGAAAGACAAUCAAAAUCUAUAAUCCCAAAACCAUACAGAGAAGGCACUUAUAUCAGAGGUGUUAAGCCAUUUAAGCCACCUAAAUUUAUUCUUGUAAGAAAUUGUAGAUAUGAAAUACCACAUAUCCUCUGGUCAACUGUAGAUUUAAUCAUUCAAGAAAAGAAAAACCGUAUAGAAUCAGAACUUGCCUUACAAAAGGUAGUGCCUCACCUAAAGGAAACUUUAAAUUUCGAAAAUUACGAGCUACGUUUUCAACAUUUAUUGUACUUGGAAGAAAUUGCAGAUAUACUUAAUAUGCAGAAGUAUGAAAUGAACUGUGCUGUGAUGAAAAAAAAUGGAGAAUUCUUAACGUUAACAGUGCCUGGUCUUGCUGAGAAACGACCAUCCCUCAUAGUUGGAGAUCGGAUUGUAGUAACCUACAAUUGGGAAAAAGAUGCCAAAAACUAUGAAAGUUACAUUCACAAAAUCAUAAAUACAGACGUGUACUUAAAGUUCAAUCCUAUUUUUCAUGAGUCUUACAAAAGUGAAGAGUGCACAGUAAGAUUUGCAACCUCCUCCACAGUGAUACACCGACGCCAAGCAGCCAUCAGUAUGGUGGUACCCAAUCUCGGCCCAGAUGUACUUUUUCCUAAAAGAGUGGUGCAGAAAGAACCGCAGAUAAAUUUCGUAGAAGAGGAAGAUGGAGGAAUAGAACAAGUAACACUAUCAAGGAUGAUGAAUAAGGAAGACCAUGGGAUACUAAAAAAGUUGAUCCAUUGGUUCAACAAAAAGUUAAACACUUACCAGAAAGAAGCCGUUAAAAAUAUUCUGAAAGGUCUAGCACGGCCUUUGCCUUACGUAAUAUUUGGGCCUCCUGGAACUGGAAAAACAAUAACUAUGGUAGAAACCAUUCUACAAGUAUAUCUAAAUAUUAGAGAUAGUCGAAUCAUCAUUGCUACACCUUCGAAUAGCUCAGCCAAUCUUAUUGCGGAAAAGUUAUUGGAUUCGAAGGCACUUUUAAAUAAUGAUUUGGUACGCCUUGUGGCUUACUACUACCUGGAAAAUGACAGGAUACCCACGCGACUGAUACCUUACUGUAUGACUGCGGACAUUGCUGAAGAGGGCACCCGAUCUGGUCAUACUUAUGAAGCAAACCAAAAAGGCUGUCAAAAAAAUGUGUCGCUACAAACUCUCUGUCGACACCGAAUAAUUGUUGGAACCUGCUCAGCUUUUGGGUCCUUGUACAAUAUGGGCUGUAAGCCAGGAUACUUCACUCACAUAUUUGUUGACGAGGCCGGGCAAGCUAGUGAGCCAGAGAUCAUGAUCCCUCUUAGUUUAGCGCACAAAAAUUCAAGCCAAGUGGUGCUAGCUGGCGAUCCGAAACAACUGGGACCAGUCAAUCAAAGUUGGCUAGCUGGUUACUUCGGCCUUAAUAACAGUUUUUUGGUAAGAUUGCUACAGCAGUUCCCGUAUCAGAAGGAUCCCGAAGGUUUCGAAACUGGAUAUGACCCACGACUGAUAACUAAAUUACUAAUGAACUAUAGAAGUUUACCGGAUUUACUCUCCUUGCCAAAUGAAUUGUUUUAUGAGUCUGAGUUAAUAGCACAGGUACAUCCUGUUGACAGCGAUGAAGCCGAAUUAUUACAUGGAUUGGUUGAUCUAGUGCCAAAAAGAAUCGGAGAUCCGCCAUCGAUUGUUUUCCAUUGCGCAAAAGGACAAAAUAUGCAAGAUAAAGAAAGUACAAGCUGGUACAACGUAGAAGAAGCUAUACAGAUUCACAUGUACCUCCUAAUGCUCUAUAAUAAUGGGCUAAAAUCUAGUGAUAUUGGAAUCAUUACACCAUAUUCCAAACAAGUGUACUUUAUAAAAAAUCGUCUAAUCCAACAUGAAAUAGAUUUACCCAAGAUUGGAACUGUUGAAGAAUUUCAAGGACAAGAAAGGAAAGUAGUUUUGCUAUCAACAGUAAGAACUUCAGAAGAAAAGGUUAGAACCGACGUAAGACAUUCUCUUGGUUUUGUAGCCGCACGGGAAAGAUUAAAUGUUGCCAUAACACGUGCUAGAGUUUUACUUAUUAUUAUUGGCCAUCUUGAGUUAUUGGAACAAGAUUAUUACUGGCGUAGCGUUAUAACGCACUGCAAAGCCCGGAAUUCAGUGACUGGUCACAACUUUAAAUGA